CGAUGCCCCAGUUUGCCAUGAGUGUUUUCCUUCUCCCCCAAUCUACUUGCACUGAUAUUGAGAGGUUAAUGAACGGCUUUUGGUGGGACGGUAAGGGAACUAACAAUCGUGGCAUUCGUUGGAUGUCGUGGGAACGAAUGACUAUCCCAAAGAAGUUUGGGGGAUUGGGCUUUCGGAACAUUCGAAUGUUCAAUGUUGCUAUGUUGGGUAAACAAGGCUGGCGCUUUCUGACCAAACCCAACUCGCUAGUGGCGAGAGUUUUCAAGGCCCGAUACUUUCCCAACAACUCGUUUUUGGAGGCCGAAUUGGGGAGACAGCCCAGCUACUGUUGGAAAAGUAUUCUUUCAGCCCAAGAAAUUCUUCGAAGCGGUAUUCGACGUCGUAUUGGCGAUGGACGAGAAACACAUCUUUGGGGUACUCCCUGGCUCCUUGAAGAAGUUAAUCCUUACCCAAGCAUGGUCAGAUGCGUGGAGAAUGAAGACCCCUUAAUGGCUGAUUUAAUUGACUUUGAUUUAAAUUCUUGGAAUGUAGAAAAGCUGGAACAAUACUUUGACGCUGGUGAAGUGCUGCAAAUUCGCAGGGUUCCUGUCAAUACUAGAAGUUCCGAUGGAUGGUUCUGGAUUAGGGACUUCCGUGGGGCUUAUACGGUGAAAAGUGCUUACAGAUGUUUGAUGGGAGAUGCUUCUGUCGUGUCCUCUUUUUCAAACUGGGGAAGAUUUUGGCGGAUUCCGGUGGCCCCGAAAGUUCUCGUUUGCUUAUGGAGGACCAUUCGAGGUAUCUUGCCCACGCGGGAUGCUCUCAUUUCUAAGAGAGUGGAGGUGGAUGGGGGCUGCCCUCUCUGUGGAGGAGCUCUCGAAACAGUUGAUCAUAUUUUUUUGUUUUGUCCUUUUGCAGAUUCGGUUUGGAGGCUCAUGGGCAAAGGAGGUAAUAUAAUCUCUUUUAUCUCUUUCCAAAACUGGUUCCAAGUUCGGUGUCAGAAUGACACUUUAUUGGAGCUGCGUACCGUCGCUUUGACUUGCUGGGCAAUUUGGAAAGCACGUAACAGUGCCAUUUGGGAUCAUAAGACACUGCAUCCAGGAGAGCUCAAGAAUAUGGUGUUGUCCAUGGAAGCCCAAUGGUCAAACAAGACUGUUGCAGAGCGGGAGCGUACUCCACAGCGACACGAGGUAAGUUUGCGGGCAGAGGCAUACAGGUGUUUUUUUGAUGCUGCGACAUCAAUUUCGGAGGAGUCCAUCUCCUUCGGCUGUGUCCUUUUUUAUCCAGGAGGUGCCUUUGUGGCAGCGGCAAAUGGAGGAAAACUUGGGCCUCUAGAUCCUCUUUUGGCGGAAGCUCUCGCUUGCAAGGAAACAUUGUAACACCCCAACCCGCAUGACCCAAACCCGUGAGACAGCGGACCGGUGUGCUACUGAAUUGGUAUCCAAAUUUGCGACAUUUUCAAAACAAAUUUUAAACAAACGUUCUAUCAAUACAUAUAAAAAUUCAUCGGAGUAAUUUAAAAUAAUGCGGAAGCCUUUUU